CGAACAUCUCCACCUCGAAGCUUCGCGACGCGCCGCACGCACCUCUGCACGCCAACGCACCACGACCAUUCCCUCCAUACGACUUUGUAAAUCGCGAUCUCGAUAAUGCCGAAGUUCUUCUGCGACUACUGCGAUGUGUACCUUACACACGACAGUAUGAGCGUGCGCAAAGCGCACAAUAGUGGUCGCAACCAUCUGCGCAACGUUCAAGCCUACUACGAGCAGAUUUCCAGCGAUCAGACACAGCAAGUCAUCAACAGUAUUACGGAUGCAUACAGUGCGGAAGGCCAGGCGAAUCCGCUAUAUGCUGCGAAUCUAAGUGGAGGGUUUCCAGGAGGACCAAUGGCUCCGCCUAUGGGGAUGGGAGGGCCGAUGGGCAUGCCUAUGCCUGGUGGAUUCCCGCCGCCAGGCAUGCCACCACCAUUCAUGCAGGGAGGACGAGGGGGCCCUCCCAACAUGCCUCCGAAUAUGCCGCCUUUCCCUCCGAACGGUAUGCCACCAAUGCCCGGCGGCAUGCCCCCGUUCCCGCCACCAAAUAUGGCUGGCGGACCCCCGAACAUGCCUGGAGGGCCGAUGAACAUGGCUGGAGGACCACCAAACAUGCCGUUCCCGUUCCUCCCACCGAACUCAGCGGGCUCGCCACCCGGAGGCCUGCCAUUUCCACCACCAGGCGGGAUGGGAAAUAUGCCACCGCAGCGCUUUCCUCCCGGUCCACCUGGACGCUAGGAGUAUCCUGAUGUGAACAUGGGAGGAAUGAACCUCACGAUACCAACCGACUACUUCUCGAGUCAAAGAUGCAAGCGCGAAGAUACGGAGAUACCCAAGAUGCGAGAACGUGAGGGCAGAGAUUGGAGAAUGUAUACAGCUGCUACAGGGGCGAAUGCAGCUGCAUUGCCGUCAAGGUUGAAGAUAGAGCCGGCAGCUCCAGCAGAGUGGUUCUGAACGCUACCCUGG